UUGUUCAUCAGCUGGUCCAUCCCAAUCUUCUUUGCCUUUGGCCUUGUAUUCUCAGAAUUAAAUAUCAUUGGUGCUGAAGAGUUUGUGGCAGCAAUUGACUGUGAAGGUCUAUGUACACUAAUAUUUAACAAACUCUGGGGGGUUCUGGCCUCUUUCAUUGCUUUCUUUCUCCCUGGCACAGUAAUGGUAGGUAUUUACAUACAUAUAUUUUCUGUAGCCAGAAAACAUGCCAAGCAGAUUGAUACUCUUCCUAAUUUGAAGGUUGGAGAAGCUAAAACAAAAGCCUCAUCCAAGAAAGAAAGCAAGGCUACCAAGACUUUGAGCAUAGUCAUGGGGGUGUUUGUUCUGUGCUGGCUACCAUUUUUUGUCCUCACUAUCACAGAUCCUUACAUUAACUUUACCACCCCUGAAGAUCUAUACAAUGCUUUCCUCUGGUUGGGCUACUUCAAUUCCACCUUCAAUCCAAUCAUUUAUGGGAUGUUUUAUCCUUGGUUUCGUAAGGCAUUUAAGAUGAUUGUGACUGGAACAAUCUUCCGCCCAGACUCCUCUACCCUCAGUCUGUUCCCUGCACAUGCUUAG